CUCUGCUUGCUUUCCCCAUUCACUGCUCACUCUGCUCGCCACUCCCCUCCUCUGCUCACUCUCUCUGGAUGAGAGAGCUGAGCAAUGGCGGCUUCCAAGGCGCUGAUGCUGGCGGUGGGCGUGGUGGUGGUGGCGGGGUGCGCGGUGGGGCUGUCGGGCGCGACGGACCACAUCGUGGGGGCCAACCGCGGGUGGAACCCCAACAUCAACUACUCCAGCUGGUCCGCCAACCAGACCUUCUACGCCGGCGACCUCAUCUCGCUCCGGUACCAGAAGGGGACGCACAACGUGUUCAAGGUGAAAGAGACGGGGUACGACAACUGCACCAUGGACGGGGUCACCGGCAACUGGACCUCCGGCAAGGACUUCAUCCCGCUCCCGCGCCCCGGCCGCUACUUCUUCAUCUGCGGCAACGGCUUCUGCCAGUCCGGCAUGAAGGUCGCCAUCACCGUCGGCAUCUUCGAUCUCGGCCCAGAGAUCUACCCCCCGCCCGCCCCCGGCGCCGACAACCCAUCCACCUCCGCCUCUUUCACCGCAGGGGCGUGGCCGGCAGCGGCAGCGGUGGUCACCGCGCUGGGAGCUGCCGCCAUCCUUGUCCUUUAGUUCCAAGGAGUAUCAUCUGCAGCGAUUGACCGAGACAUGGUCUCUAAUCUAGUCUAAUUGGGGGGCAUUUAGCUAGCUAGCUUUCCUGAUGUAAUGUAACCGCACCCGCAUUUCGAGUAUCAGUAGAAUGUACUCAUGAAUCACCACGCUAGUUGCAAUUCACCAAGAUAGAUCCAAAUCGCUGGAAGAAAAAAAAGCUCUGCAAUUUAUCCACAACCCAUAUCCACCAACCAAGAUGCUGCUAUGUAUAUUGGACAAAAGGCUACAAAAACAAACCCUAUGGGAAUUGUUGAAUAGAAUCCCUCUGUUAUAUA